AUGAUUAUAGUUGGCGCUCCCGGAGUGGGCAAGGGAACGCACACGGAACGACUCCUCAAUCGUUACCCCCAGCUCUCGUCCGUUAGCUCGGGGGAUUUGCUAAGAGAGAAUGUCCGAAAGAAGACACGUAUUGGCAAAGAAGCGGAGGCCCUAAUGAACCGCGGCGAGCUCGUGCCAGACAACGUCAUCCUCCGCCUCAUCCGCAACGCCCUCCACCCCGACACCUCCUUCAUCCUCGACGGCUUCCCACGCAACGCCCAACAAGCCGCGCAGCUCGACAAGCUCAUCCCCAUCAACCUCGCCAUCCACGUGCACACGCCUUUUGAAAUCAUCAUGGACCGCAUCACCAAUCGCUGGGUCCACCCGCCUUCCGGCCGUACGUACAACACCACUUUCAACCCGCCGAAAGUCGAGGGGAAGGAUGAUGCGACGGGCGAGAAGCUGGUGCAGAGGGACGACGACAAGCCGGAGGUGUGGAAGGCGCGGUUGUCGCAGUUUGAGGAGAGCGCGAAGCCGCUGCUGCAGCACUACGAGAAGAUGGGCGUUCUGUGGCGCGUAGAGGGCAACAGCUCGGACGAGAUUAGUCCGAAGAUUUUCGAGGAGUUUGAUAAGAAGUUUGGGAAGUAG